AUGCCAAACGUGCAGGAUCCGAAAAUCACCAAACCACUUUCUCCACCGCUGUACAACCGCCCAAAUGCCGUCGCUGAUCUCAAGCUCAUUUUACCACGACAAAGCCCCGAUGAGGUACGUAGCUAUCGUUACUUCCUCGAAGCCACAGCCCCAUCUCUCGCCGGCGCUUUCUACGCCGAGUUCUGGCUCGCCGAGGUGCCGCGAGUCUGUCUAUUGGAUGCAGCCAUCUGGCACGCUGUAGUCAGCCUGGGCUCUGCACACGAGGACUUUGCGGAGAAUGGCCGCGGCUCGCGGAAUUUGUUUGCGCUAAAGCAGUUCAACUUAUCCAUCCGCUGCCUUACCGAGUCGCGGUCGCCGAGACAUGCGGAUCAGUGGAGGGCGCUUGUUAUCAGUACCAUCUUUACGCAGAUAUGUACUAUCAAAGGGCUUCAUGAUCAGACAAGGAUACAUCUUCAGGCUGGAUGCAAUCUGCUCCAAGAGCUUCAAGGCUAUGGCACUGGAGAUGCAAAGACUUCGCAGCAGCAUACCAAGCCUGAGAGCUGGAUUUCAUCGGUUCCGAUAUCAAUUGCUUCUGUACAGUCCAUUCUCAUGAACCUCAAACUGCAUGCAAAUGCGCUUGACCAUGGCGGCGUUACCGACAGCUCCACUCUUCUGUCCCAGAACAAGACACUCAACGCAUGGCGUUUCUAUACAGCACCAUCACCCUCGACCAUUCUCACGCCAGAACACAUUCGCCAAGCCCACCGCGCCGCCGAGUCCCUGUGCAGUGGACUUAUCCUGUUCUCGCAAGAGAAUGCCAAGCAUCUCGGGGAUCUUCAUACAGGCAAGUCUGGAUUGGAUGGACUCGCUAUGCUAGCAGCACGACAAGAGAUGCAUACGCGAUGUUUCAAGGAAAUCAGCAAAGCAAUCGAAUUAUUCCAACGAGAGAUAACCACACCUGGCCAUACGACCAAACUGGAAGCACAUUCUAUUCUCCCAGUGCGCUUAUUCCACACCACCAACCGCGUGCUUUUCAUCCAAGACCCUGACGAGUAUGACUUGGUCAAGCGUCAACAGGGUCUCCCUGCCCUGUUCAGAUCUAUCGUCGACCUCUGCGAGCAAAUUAUCAAUCUAGAUCCUGCAAAGACUCGCGGUGUAUCAUACACUCCGCAACUCUUCCUCGUUGCUCACAGCGGCACUGAACUGCCUACUCGUCAGUGUGCCGUGAGCCUGCUGCGUCACCCGCGACUGGAUGGUGGAUGGGAUAGUCUUAUAUCCGCAAGUAUUGCCGAGGCAAUCAUGGAUAGGGAGAGGGAAGCAGCAUUGCAGUACUUGGGCAUUGAGACUGCAAUGCAAGAGGAUGAGACCGACCCUUUGUUGCGUAUAUAUAACUUUACAUUUGCUUUUAGUGGGAGUAGAGAAGCACGAAUCGUUUUGCGGACCUGGUAUGAGAAACUGAACGAGAUUCCUGGCCAGGUGAGGAUGAUAGAGUGGUAG